GAAGAAUAUUAGCCAAAAUGACAACAUCUUUCCCCAUGAAUGAUGGUAAUAGUGCUUAUAGCUACUACAAUAACUCCCAACGGCAGAAAGAACUUAUAGAUGCUUCAAAGGAUAUGGUGAGAGAUGCAAUUAUUGGAAAACUUGAUGUUGAAGUCAUGUUAUCUUCUUCACACACAUUUCGUAUUAUAGAGUUGGGAUGUUCAAUUGGACCAAAUACUUUCCAUGCAAUGCAACAUGUUGUAGAUGUUGUAAAGGAAAAAUACCACAAUAUUAUUCUUGAAUUCCAAGUAUUUUUUAGUGAUCAUGUCGAAAACGAUUUCAACACUCUUUUUCGAUCACUACCUAUUGAUCGAUCCUACUAUGCAUCUGGAGUUCCAGGAUCUUUUCAUGGUAGAUUAUUUCCAUCGCGAUCGAUACAUUUUGCACAUUCUUCUUGUGCUAUACAUUGGUUAUCUAAGAUUCCAAAAGAAUUGUUAGAUGAGAAAUCUCCAACAUGGAAUAAGGGAUUGAUUCACUAUGGUACAUCAAAUAUUGAUGUAGUGAAUGCUUAUAUUGCUCAAUUUGAAAAGGACAUGGAAAUAUUCUUUAAUGCAAGAGCUGAGGAGAUUGUCCCGGGAGGAAUGAUGGUGUUUAUUUCACCAUUUUCAAGUUAUACACGUCUCGUGGAAUUUUUCGGUUCCAGUCUUAUGGAUUUGGUAAAUGAGGGAAAGUUAGAUGAAUCUCUUGUAGACUCAUUCAAUUUGCCAAUGUAUUUUCCCUCUCCUCAAGACAUGACUAAAGUGGUGGAGAAAAAUGGAUGUUUUAGCAUAGAGAAAAUGGAAUUGGCAUAUCCUAAAUCAAAGCUUGUUGAUGAGAUUGAUGCAAAAACUUUUAUAAUAAACCUAAGAGCUGUUUUAGAAGGACUUCUCAUCAAUCAUUUUGGGAGUAAAAUAGCAGAAGAAGUUUGUGCAAGAACUCUUUUUAAAAGUGAAGAGAUUUCAACAUGGAUGAAAGCUAAUGGUGGAAAAUCAUGUCAAUUAUUUGUCGCUUUGAAGCGUAAAUGA